UGCGGUGAAGAACCAGUGCGCGUGUCCGCGGCAAAAGUACCGUCUCAUUUGCAGCGACAGAGACUCUCAACGACGAGGAACUGUCCCGGAGCCGAGGAGAGGAUGAAGCAAACCACUUUCCUGCUGGUGUUUGGAGUCGUCCUGAGCGUCUGUCAGGCUCAGUCGGACACGGGAGGCGAGGAGCCGGGCGGAGAAGAAGAACAUGUGGAGCUCUUCACCACGCCGGCGACUAAGAUGGCCGCCGCCACCUCAGACUUCGGCUACAACCUGUUCCGCGCUCUGGCGAGCCGAGAGGCCGCGACCAACGUCUUCCUGGCCCCCAUCAGUGUGUCUGCGGCACUGACGCAGCUCUCCAUGGGAGGAUCUGAGCAUGCUCAAAGGCAGCUGUUCAGGGCUCUGAGAUACCACACCCUGCAGGACCCUCAGCUCCACAACACCCUCAAAGACCUGCUGGUCUCCGUCAAGAUGCCUGGAAAAGGCCUGAGCACUGCCGCACGCAUCUACAUGGCACGACGACGUCUGAAGCAGGACUUCUUUGCGCUGGUGGAGCAGCAGUAUGGAGUUCGUCCUAAGGCACUGCUAGGAGGGAACAAAGAUGUGAAAGAAAUCAAUGACUGGGUAUCUCGGGAGACCGGCGGGAAGGUACAGCACCUCUUGGACAAGUCCCUCCCCCAAAACUCUGGAGUGAACACUGUGAGCGCCGCCUACUUCAAAGGGAAGUGGGAGACUCGGUUCGGUCAGAGUGGAGCAAUGGAGAACUUCCAGGUGGACGGCGGGGUACCUGUCCGCAUUCCAAUGAUGCAACAGGACAACUACCCUGUGAAGAUGGGUGUUGACCCAGAUUUGAGCUGCACGAUCGCUCAGAUCCAGAUGCAGAACGAUGUCAGCAUGUUCGUCUUCCUACCCGACGACGUGACCUCCAACACGACCCUGCUGGAGGAGAGUCUGACCGCCGAGUUUGUCCAGGACCUCUCCAUGACGCUCCACCCGGCCCAGGUGUCCCUCUCUCUGCCCAUCCUGAGGCUCAGCUACUCCACAGACCUGCUGCCGCUGCUCAGCGACCUGGGUCUCUCUGAAUGGCUAGCGAACACGGACCUGGAGAAGAUCUCAAAUCAGCGCAUGAUGCUCGGCAGUGUCAAUCACAAGGUCGCCAUGGAGACGGCGCCCGAGGGGAACCUUUACCCCGACACCGCCUCAGCGACUCACCUGUCCUACCGAGUGGACCGGCCCUUCCUCUACCUGAUCCGUGACGAAGCGUCAGGGGCGCUGCUCUUCAUCGGCAGGGUGGUCAACCCCAAGGACCUGACGAUAUAA